AUGACCGGACGCGCUUCGCAGUGGUACCAGCGGAAUUUUCCCCGUGUCGCUUCGCAAAGAUCGGGCGGCAGACUGAAACUGCUACUGCUAUGUUUCGCGGUGGGUUCAAUGCAGGCUACAAUCGCAUGGCUCAGCUACCUCCGUGGCGAUUUGCCUCGCAGCCGUAGCCAAAGCCGAAGACGGGCAGGCCUGGAAGACGACAAGAUCACCCUGCCAACGCCCCGUCCCAUCAACGACCCAUCUGAAGCCGGUGACUGGGAAGAAGGUGGAAAGAAAUUGCUGAAGGAAGGUCCUGACGAUGGUUUGCCACGUUGGUUCCUGGAGCUGAAUGUGGCAGGAUUUGAGCCGGACCUGACCUUCUAUAGCAACUUCAUCGAAAAGGCCGCGCAACGUGGAGAUCUGCGCGCGGCCGAGCGCUGGUUGUCCAACGCGCAGAACGCCAAGUUGGAGCCAAACGGGCGAAUCUUCAGCUUUCUAUGUCUGGCAGCCUCCAAAUCCGGCGAACUGAGUGCCGCGGCGAACUAUGGUGAGAGAGCUGCUCGAUUGGGUGAAGCUCUGGACAAGACUUUGCAGAUCAAACUCUUAUCUCAGGCCUUGGACGAGAGCAAACUGGAUCUGGUGGAACGCUUCUUUUCCUUCGGUGCUGAGCCCGCAAAUGUGAGCACCUACGAAUCGGUGCUGAUGGCUGCGGCCAGCAAUCGAGAUCUGGUCUUCGCGGAAAGGUGGUUGAAACGAGCCGAGGACGCUGAAAGGUAUGUGAACCCCUCCGUUCUUGUGGCUCUGAUGGACGCUGCUGCCUCGGAAGGCAACUUGUCGAUGACGGAGCGCUUCUUCGACUUCGGGGAAGCAAGUGGCAUCCGUCGAGAGAUGGCCGCCUUCAACGUGCUGAUCAAGGCGGCCGCCCUGGCGCGGCGCCCCCCGGCCGCGGAGUACUGGUUCUUCGAAGCGCGACGGGAAGGCCUCCAGCCUUCCCUGAUCACCUACACCUCGCUGAUCAAAGCCUCAGCGCAGACGGGCGAUUUGUUCAGUGCCGAAGCCUGGCUCCGAGCAGCCGAGAGCUCCGGGCUGCGGCUGGACAUCCAGAUCUUCACGGCGGUGAUCGAUGCGGCAGCACGCGCUGGAAAUCUCUCCGCUGCGGAGAGUUGGUUUCAGAGGUGUGAGCAGGUGGGGAAGCCCAGUAUCGUGACCUUCAACACCAUCCUGAGCGCCGCCUGCCGCUCUUCAGAUGCAGAGGCGAAAGGCGCCGCUAUCGAGCGCUGGUUUCGCCGCUGUGAAGCUUCAGGGAGCAGCCCGAACAUCAAGACCUUUAACAUCCUGAUGAAUGCUGCUGCCAAUCGAAACGACUUGAAUGCCACUGAACACUGGUUUCAAGUGGCCUUGACCAAAGGUAUACAGCCUGAUAGCGCGAUGCUGACCCUGUUGCUGACCAUGCUGCUGCAAAACGGUGAUGAGGUGGCGGCCUCGCGUUGGUACAGCGCUGCCAAGCACAGGUCCGUGCGCCUGACGAACAGCUCGCUGGCGGGCAUUGCCAUUGCUGCAGCGCGCAAAGGCAAGUUGGACUUUUCCAAAUCCAUUGUGGAAGAUGGGCAUAAGAUGGGUCUGAAUUUCAGCGUAGCCACCUAUGUGUCACUGGCGCAAGAAGCCUCCAAGAAGGGUCUCAUUGAGGAGACCCAAUCCUGGCAGCAGCUCAGUCAACAGCAUGGCCUGGCGCCCGACGUGCGCCUCUUCGAGGCCGUCCUCAUGGCCGUGGCAGCCGCGGCGACAGCGGAUGUGGCGACAGCGGAUGCGUCUGCGCCGGAUCAGCCGGCGGAGGUGGCGCGCAGGUGCUUCCAGGAGGCCAAGCAGAAGCGGGUCAAGCUGCGGCUGAAGACCUUCAACGCGCUGAUCGAUGCGGUGGGAAAACACGAAGGUCUAAAGGCUGCGGAGCGGACCUUCGCCAAGGUCAUCGAAGAGGGGCUGCGACCCGAUCGAGUGACCUUUACGAUGAUGGUGAACGUUGCGGCAAAGUCUCGCGAUUUGCAGUCCGCAGAGGGCUGGUUCCGAGCGGCACAGGAGGCCGGCAUCCAGGCAGAUCUGGUGAUGUACACUGCCUUGUUGGACGCCGCCGCCAAGGCAGGUCGUGCUGACCUCGCGGAUGAGUGGUUUCAGGAGCUCCUGUCCCAAAAUUUAAAGCCGGACAGCGUGAGCUACACGACCCUCAUGGAGGCGCACGCCAAAAGCGGAGAGAUGGCCUUGGCCGAGAGAUAUUUCGAUCAGAUCCAAUCCUUUCACGGCCUCGGCCGCCCCAGCCUGGAGAGUUACAGUGCCAUCAUCAACGGCCACGCGCGGCUGGGCAAUCUGGACUCGGCGGCCAAGUGGUUCGGCGACAUGGAGCGCAACGGGCUGACCGCAACGGUGGUUCAAUUCAAUCAACUCCUGCGGGCCUGCGCCGAGUCGGCCACGGAUGAGCGACAAGCCUUCGCCGAAGAAGUGUUUAAACGCAUGGUGGAGCGUGGGAUCUCUCCCUCAGAUGGAACCCUGCAAGCCUUGAAAUGGGCUGUUGGGGCCAAUCGGUUUCACGAAAUUUAUUCGAAAAUUGGUAUUUAUCAAGUGCAUUCUCAGAAA